UGCGCCCUACUACCAUCCAUAGCCAGCCAGGAGCUUCAUUCAGGCUUGGUGCAGCCCCGCUGCGAGUGCGGAUCCGUGUGCGAACCGCGACCCAGUGGACGCACCCCAGGAUUUGGUGGUCUGAGGAGGAAUUGGUGUUGCACUUGGGCGUGAGGAGAAGCCGCAAGGAUGCCGAAGAACAAGGGAAAGGGAGGAAAGAACCGGAAGAGAGGAAAGAACGAGGCGGAGGACGAGAAGCGGGAGCUGGUGUUCAAGGAGGAUGGGCAGGAGUACGCGCAGGUGUUGAGGAUGCUCGGGAACGGGCGGUGCGAGGCGCUGUGCAUCGAUGGGACUAAGCGGCUUUGCCACAUCCGGGGGAAGAUGCACAAAAAGGUGUGGAUUGCGUCGGGGGACAUCAUAUUGGUGGGUCUGAGAGAUUACCAGGACGACAAGGCGGACGUGAUUCUGAAGUACCAGCCGGACGAGGCCAGGCUUUUGAAGGCGUACAGCGAGCUGCCCGAGAACGUGCGUCUGAACGAGGGUAUCGCCGGAGGCAUGGACGAUGAGGAAGACGGUGGCGGUGACGACUACGUGGAAUUCGAGGAUGAAGACAUCGACAAGAUUUGAGGAGGGUGCGACGCUGGGUUUGUGUUGGGGGCGUACGCAGCGGAGGGCGUGGGAGGUGGGGGGGGGGGGGGGGGGGUGGUAACCCUAAGUGUCGAUGAUGUUUAUGUUCGUAGGAACAGGGACGAAGCUCUGGUGGACAAGUUGGUGAGAUUCCCGGUCUGCGAAGAGACGGAACGGAAGUGCGAAGUGUACAUGGCGAUGGAGUAUGGAGGGCGAUUUAGUGGAGUUAUGUGGUAGCAGGGCGUCCGUGGUUGGGGAAUAGGGUGGAAGGACCGGGAAGUGGGUGUCCUGGAAGUCCUGGAAGUGGGAUAUUUAUGAAUUCAGACUGCAUGUGUUUUGUUUUUGCGAUGUUCCGUCACUCACGUUGCUGGUGCUUGGAAGGAGGACCCGGAGAGGUCACAUCAAUAUUGUGCAAUCAAGUGGCUGAAUGCGUAUCAAGUGCAGGCAUAAAGUCUGUCCCUUUUGGUUGCGCAACAGUGUUUACCAACAGCCACUGAGAUGUAGUACCUUGUAAAGAGACUUCUAGAUCAUUGCGUUCAGUGCUAUUACAAUGGAAAGGUGAAAGAGAAUCAUGUAAAAACUAUUGAUUUUUAUGUAUUGUUGAGGGCAUUAUUCUAAACAAUUCAAGACUGUUUUUUCUGAGCUAUGAAAUUAAGACGGUCAUCCUAA